GCAGCCGGUUUUCUUCCAGAACAGUCGGCUUUGCGUACGAGUCAUCAGCAUUUCCCACUCCUUGUCGCUUUAAAUAUCUCCGUGGAUAUUAGUCCGGAAACGCGAUCCCUGUUUCGGAAGGUCCUUUUAGAACGCGAAUUCCACCGUUACCCUCCACAGCUGCAGCGUAUCCUAGCCCCCUGCGAGGGAAUCUAAAUCCCAGACGUGCUUAUUGUGAUACGUCCUCCUCAAGCUUCGCAGCCGCCAUGGAUGAGAACUACGAGUGGGUACACCGCGGCUACGGCAAGAACAACGUGAAGCUGCUGCACCUUCGUCGGGAGGGCCCCGUGCACACCGUCAAGGAGUACGAGGUCAGCACGGAGCUCACCCUCGACAGCGACAAGGACUACAUCGUCGGCGACAACUCGGACAUCAUCGCGACGGACUCGCAGAAGAACACGGUCUACAUCCUCGCCAAGAACCAUGGGGUGAAGUCGCCGGAGGACUUCGCCCUCCUGCUGUGCUCCCACUUCCUCAGCAAGUACAGCCACGUGACGUCCGUCAAUGUGGACGUGGAGGAGUACCCUUGGCGGCGCCUCGUGACGGAGGGCAAGGCGCACAACCAUGCCUUCCUCUUCUCGCCGGAGGUCCUCCACACGUGCUCCGUCUCGCAGGACCGCGGAGGGCAUCCGCGCGUGAGUACCGGCCUGCAGGGCAUGCGCGUCCUCAAGACGACCCAGUCUUCCUUCACCAACUUCGUCAGCGACGAGUUCCGUUCCCUGCCCGACAUGGAGGACCGCCUCUUCUCCACGGUGGUGGCCGCUUCGUGGCAGUACGCCGACGUCAUGGACAUCGACUUCGGCAGAGUCUGGAUAAAGAUGCAGAAGAUAAUCUACGAUAAGUUUGCCGGUCCGCCUGACUACGGCAUCUACUCCCCGUCGGUCCAGAACACCGUGUUCCUCAUCCAGGAUACCGCGCUUAAGGAAAUUCCUGAAAUAACCCAGAUUAAGGUGACGAUGCCCAACAAACACUACUAUGGCGUCGACCUGAGCAAGUUCCCGGAUGUAGGGAGCCUGAAAAAUGAAACUGUUUUCCUCCCGAUCGACAAACCUUCUGGAAAUAUUUCUGGCACCCUCGGAAGAAAAAUGGCAUCAAAGCUCUAAGAAAUGAAGGGAAAUAAAUGUAACUACGACUAUGAAUUGAUGAUUAUGUAAUGGUGUUUUCAUCACCUGGUUAAUUAAUGAGCCUCUGUAUGAAUUAGGGAUUGUCGGUUUGUAUUUCAUUUUGCCGAGUUACACACACAUGCGACCAGCGCGCUCUAUCGUAAAAGGAAUCGUGUUACGCGACAGAGAUACGCGUAACAAAGCGAAGGAAUGAUGAGUUGGUGACCGAAUCUCGUUUUCUCGUAACAAAUUCAAAAAAGAUGGAGAGUAUUGUCACUUCAAUCAAGCCCUUCAGUCGGUCACUUCAGUUAGUCAGUCACUUCAGUCAGUUACUUCAGUCAGGUACACAGUUAAUACAGUCGGAUAUCGAUCAAUAAGCUGUCAGUGAAUUACGCAGAUUCGGUCAAGCCAGCUGUUACGCGUAACCCCAUCCUGUAACAAGUAAGUAAUAGUGGUUGUAAUUAAUACGUUCUUGUAUAGAUCUUGAGCAAGACGUUAAAGAACCCUGACACGUCACGCAGAGGUUCGUUUGAGUAUUACGCUCAGAUGUUACGAGGUUUUGUUACGCGGCCGAGUUACAUGGCGAUGUUCUGUGUGUUCUCGGCAUUACUUUGAUUAUAGCAGGGAUAAAUGAUUACAGAAUAACAUGUUUAUGGUAUUACAAAAAUAUGUAUGUAUAUACAGUAUAUAUAUAUAUAUAUAUAUAUAUAUAUUCAUAUUUUGUCAAAUCACGUUUAUCAUGAUUGUGUAUGGGAUAACAUUAAUGGAUCGACAUAUGUCUUUCGAAAAGGUUCGUUCAGGCCUGUGAUAAUAAACUUAUGUAUUUUGUUAAUAUGCUAAUUACAAUAAAGUUUUAAAACCU